AACUUAAUUCUUUGCAGCAUCUAAAAUCAUAUCGAUAUCGAAUUUAGCUGUUUUAAAAAGCUGAAAAUGAUGAAUUCCCCUGUAAAAGAUGAUUUAACUGUGAUGGAAAACGAUGAAGACAAUAAGAAGAAUGAUUCUACAAAUAUUAUCCUGUCUGGCAAUUGGCUCACUUCAAGUGAAGCUUUUAAAUGCACCGACUCAAUUUCCUUGGAAUCACAGUGUUGUGAAUCAGUUGAUGAUAUUACACGAAAUAAUCUUCAUAGCAAUCCUGUUCAUCUCUUAAGUGUAAAUAACAUAGAGUCAAAGGAACCUGAUCCAUCAUUUGACCAGUUCUUAACAGAAUCAAUACACAUGGAAACAUCUGUUCACACUGAUAAUUAUUCUGCAGUUAAUAAAGAGUUACCAAAUGGAUCGCCUUCUGAGUUAGAAAUAAAUCAUUGUAUUUCAGAAGAAGAAUUAGAUAAUUAUAAAGCAAGUUACUCCUGUAAUUUACCACCUGGCGAACCUAAAUGUCCAGUAUUUGAUGAUUAUCAAAAAGUAGACUGGGUUUGCUCGUCUCCAAAACUGAUUGCCUGUGCUGAUGUUGAAUUCCGGUCAUCCACAAAAUUUCCCUCAUCAAAUAACUAUCUCCGAGGUUGUUUAUGGUCACCAGAUGGCUCUUGUAUUCUAACUAAUAGUCAUGAUAAUGUUCUCCGGCUUUUCAAUCUCCCUUCAUCGAUUUUAUCACCUGAUAUAGAGGUUUCUUCUGAACCGGAAGAAAUGAGAUCUGUUCUAACUAUGUAUGAAAAUGAAUUGAUUUACGACUAUUGUUGGUACCCACAAAUGUGCUCUUCCGAUCCUGUUAGUUGUUGUUUGGCUAGUACUAGUCGACGAAAUCCAAUUCGAUUAUGGGAUGCAUUUACUGGUGUGAUUCGUGCAACCUAUAUUCCCGUUAAUCACAUGGGUGAAGUGGUGUCUGCCUCUAGUAUAUCAUUUUCCUCGAAUGGUUCACGUCUGUAUGCUGGAUUUCACCGGUAUAUUCAAGUAUUUGACGUUUGUCGACCUGGUUCAGAUUCUAUCAGGCGACCAAAACUUGGAAAAAAACCAUUCCAGGGUGGAAUAAUAUCUUCUAUUGGUGUUUUGAAUGACCCCAAUCGAAAUAUUUACGCUACAGGCUCCUAUAAUGGCACUGUGUGCAUAUUUUCGGAACCUGGCAAUUUGAUUGCACAGUUAUUCAGUCAUCCAACUGGAGUUACUCAGGUGACGCUGGCAAAGACUUUUGGUAGAGAAAACGCUGCUCCAUGGUAUGUUUUAGCCGGUGGACGAAUGGAUUCACGUCUGGUUGUCUGGGAUGCAAGAAAUCUAGUAGAUCCUAUUACGAUAGUUUACCGACGUAUUGAGAAUCAUCAAAAAUUCCAGUUUGAUUUAGAACCCACUGGUCGUUAUUUGUUCACUGGAAGUCAAACUGGUGUCGUCUGUGUAUAUGAUUUACCUGAAUGCAUUAGACAAUUUGCUGAAAAUAGUCCGACAUAUUCCAUAUCUUACUGGAGAGCUCAUUCGGAUAGUGCAAAUAGUGUAAGUGUGCAUCCUAGCCUACCUAUUAUAGCUACUUCUUCUGGUCAACGAAGAGUUAAACAACCGACUUUCAAGAAAUCUGAAGUAAAAAGUACAACGGAAGUAUCCACAGGUGAAAAUUACUUUUCCAAUGUAAAUAACCCAGAGACUUCGACCGACAGUGAUAGUAGUACUAGCUGUGAUGAGAAAGUAUUAAGUGAUUCUGAAGCUGCUAUAAUGACACCACCAGUUACUGGUAUAACAACAUCAGGUGAAAGUGAUAGCCCUGCAGUGGUUGAAAAAACUCAGUUACCUUUGAAGGGAAAACUAACAUUAAUACCACGUGAAAAUCGUUUAAAUCUGUGGACAUUCCCAUUGUUAGAAACAACGUAA